GAUCUAUCACCCCUACGCAGUUCCCUUACUGCGAGUCAGUAUCAUGAUUCAGCUUGAAAAAACCCCAGUCCGAAGGUAAUUUGCUGAUGACAUUGAUGAGACUUAUGAUGCCGAGUUUGCUACUGUUCAUUGAUCCCAUUUGGUCUUCUCUUUACUUCGUCUACUUUUCUAUAAGUAGUCUCUUUACAGCAAUGCUCCCUCGUCAUAGACACAAUGUCGAAAAUGAGUGCCCUAGCCGACUGGAAGCAGAGCCAGACGCACAAGAUAUCGGAAGCACGUCCAGGAGAAGUGAUAUAUGUUACCAAAGGCAAAACCUUGGCUUGGGGAGGAACCGCUAUUAUUGAGCGAUUGUCUUCUGGUGCCGUUAUGAAGACACCUAUUCCAAACCCAUACUGUCCUCCUGAAGAAGAAUACCACCGUCGUAAUAUGCGGCUUGAUGCCAAGAUUUGUGCAAUGAUAGGAGAACAUCCAUGUCUUCUCAAAAUACUGAGUUGGGAUCAAGAAACUUACUGCCUCACUAUGGAAUAUUUGGAAAAUGGGAAUCUCAAAGAAUGCAUUCAACAUAACAUGCCAGAUAUAACCCUUCAACUUCGACUCCAAUAUGCUCUCCAUGCUCAUCACAUCAUACACUGUGAUCUUUCGCCAAGAAAUUUCCUUCUCGACUCGAGCCUCAAUGUCAAAAUCGCUGGCUUUGGUGGCGCUUCACUAUGUGGUUCAGAACCCUCAGCUACUCCGGCAACAAGGGUUCGACCUCCUGGCUAUGACUGGAAUAUCCCUCCGGUCUUUGGAGACGACAUUUUCGGUCUUGGGUCUCUAAUUUACUUUAUAAUGACAGGCACUCAUCCCUACAAGGACAAUCUCAGUGAUGAAGUCGAGAAGCUAUACGAAGUUCAACAAUUUCCUGAUGUUGUUGGCAUGGACAGAUCCAUUCGGCCCAGGCUGUUCAUGACGACGUUGCAGCCGUGA